AUGUCUCAAGAAUUGUGGCGGCCAAGCCACCCCACUGCCUUGCUCAUCCCCAAGGCCCGGGGAGGGCGAGCCCAGGGUGCUGUGUACCUGCUCCUGGCUCUGUGCGCUGCAACACUGUACCUCGCCGGGGAGCCCCUUGUGCCCACCGCUCGCAGCCUCACCUUCCACAUCAUGGCCCUGCAGAUUGGGACGCUGCUCAAGGGCAUCUGCUAUCUGGCAGAGGAGAUCUUCCACCUCCGAUCCAGGCACCGGGGCAGUUUCUGGAGGGCUCUGAGCGCCUGCUUCCCCCUGCGCUGGCACGGACCUGUGCUGCUCGUCUGUGGCUCAGCCUACGUGGCUCUUCUCGAUGGAGCUGGGCAGCCCCUCGGCCUCCACCUUGGCCUGGCCAGCCUGUGCCAGCUCCUCCACCUCGCCUUGGGGCUCCACAAGCCCUCAGCAGUGGAAAUGUCUGAGAUGUCUGAGAGGUCCAAGCAGAAUGUCGCUCAUGGGCUUGCCUGGUCUUAUUACAUUGGGUACCUAAAAAUAGUCCUGCCACGCCUGAAAAAGUCAAUGGAGGAAGUCAGCAGAACCAACCCCAACGUGCUGGCACACCCAGAGACCUGGAAGCUCCACAUCUUGGUCCCACUGAGCUGUGAGAUCUAUGAUGACCUGGAGAAAGCUGACAGCAAUAUCCAGUACCUGAGGGACCUCACUGAAACCACCCUGGCCCGAGCUGGCACCAGAAAAAGGGUCUACAAACACAGCCUUUACACAAUCAGGGAUGAAGACAAGCUCUGGCACUGCGCUGUGGAGUAUGCGACCCCGCUGCAGUCUCUUUAUGCCAUGUCUCAGGACGAGUGCGCUGCCUUCAGCCGGGAAGACCGCCUAGAGCAGGCAAAGCUUUUCUAUAGGACCUUGGAGGAGAUCCUGAAAGGCUCCAAGGAGUGCGCGGGUACCUACCGGCUCAUCGCGUACGAGGAGUCGGGAGAAGCAGAGACCCACUUCUUGUCCAGAGAGAUCCUCCGGCACCUCCAGCAGCAGUGUCACGAAGAGUACGCUGUCUAUGAGGGGAACCACCCACACGCCUCAUUCACGACCAUCAACUCGACUGAGCUCAACCUCCAGAUCAGUGAGUCGGACCUGCCGCAGCCUCUGCGAAGCGACUGUUUCUAA